AGAAUAAACACCGGCCUGUCACAUUUGAUUUCGGCCCCCAGAGCGCGUGCAAUCAGGCCAUCAGCUGGUCUCAUGAGCGGAGCCGCAAGAGACGAGGAAGAUGAUAUCGCCAAGCUGCCACCCCCAAUAUUCCCUGAUGCUCAGCAUCCAUCCCACAAUGCAAGCCUGUGUGUGACCCUAAUCCUGAAGCUGAUUUCAGUCGAUUUCUGCUGAGGAGAAAGCCUACUCAGAAUAGAGCCUUACAUCCACGCACACAAAAGGCUCUACAUGGCUGAAUGGUGCUGGGAGGACUGUGGUUCUAUCUGCUGUCGCUUUGGCUUGUGAAUAUUAACGGAUGGAGAUUAUGCAAAUGGAAUUUUCCACUGCUUCACUGUUAUUCAUGUCCACCUGGUGCCCCUGGCUUACGAAGGCAAUCUCCCCAGCUGUGCCCCUGUACAAUGGCAUUGUUUUCCUCUUUGUUCUGGCCAACUUCAGCAUGGCUACCUUCAUGGACCCUGGCGUCUUUCCCAGAGCCAACGAAGAUGAGGACAAGGACGACGACUUCCGGGCGCCGCUCUACAAGAACGUGGAGAUCAAGGGCAUCCAGGUGCGAAUGAAGUGGUGCGCCACCUGCCACUUCUACCGGCCGCCACGCUGCUCUCACUGCAGCGUGUGUGACAACUGCGUGGAGGACUUUGACCACCACUGCCCCUGGGUGAACAACUGCAUUGGGCGGCGCAACUACCGUUACUUCUUCCUCUUCCUGCUGUCCCUGAGCACCCACAUGGUGGGCGUCUUCUCCUUCGGUCUGCUCUUCGUGCUCCACCAUCUGGAGCGGCUGGGCGCCCUGCACACCACUGUGACUCUGGUGGUCAUGUGCAUAUCAGGGCUGUUUUUCAUCCCCGUCGUCGGGCUCACUGGCUUCCAUAUGGUGCUUGUUGCCAGGGGUCGCACGACAAACGAGCAGGUGACUGGAAAGUUCCGCGGAGGAGUGAAUCCAUUCACCCGUGGUUGCUGUGGCAACGUGAAGUAUGUUUUGUGCAGUCCCCUGGCUCCCAGGUACAUGGUGGCUCCCAGGAAGAAGCCUGUCGUGCCUAUCCAGCCACCUUUCCUGCGGCCAGACCUUUCCGACAGACAACUCACCAUCAAGGUUAGCGACAAUGGAAUCCAUAGCAGCAUCCUCCGGACAAAAUCUAAAAUCAGUCUUGCUGACCUGGAUGACAAAGGCAUGGAGAUGCAGCCACCUCUUCCACCAAAAGCUGACCGCUAUAACCAUCUUAAGAACCAGCUGACAUCCAGUGAGGAGAGUUCCUUGUCCAGUAAUCCAGUGAACCCUUCUACCCCAGCCAUGUACAAGUACCGGCCCUCUUUUGGUACCAUGCCCAAAGUACACUACCAUGCAGCUGGAGAGAAGAUUGUAAUACCGGAUGAUUGUAACACAUCUGCCAUCUUGGAGGAGAGCGGGCGGAGCCAUGACUAUCGCUCAGAGCCCAACCUGGACCUCCCUGACUACAGCAGCACUCCGCUCCACCGCACUUUCCAGUCGUCGCCCCUGCAGCUGGACCAGUUCAGCAUCAACUCUCGCUCGCUCAGCCUCAAACAGCACCGGCACGCAGCCGACAAGGCUCGGGGCCUGGGGGCCGGUAGGGUUGAGGCGGUGGGGGCCGCUGCUGCAGUGGCGGGUACGCCUUACAAGGGCGUGUAUACACCGGGCACGCUGUCCAACCGCAACGGGAGCCUGUCGUACGACAGCCUGCUCAACCCCAGCUUCGCCUCUCCGCCGGCGUCGGCAGGGGAGUGCGUGGUCCACCCAGGCGUGCCUUCCAUGGGCUUCCACUCACCCUACCUGCCAACGAAAAUGUGCCACGUGCGGGGGCCCGAACUCCAGCGACACGCGCCUCCGCCCGUCACCGCCACCGUCACCGCCUCCUACAGCCCCGUGCGGAUAGGCGGCUUCAAGGGCCGGCGCUCGCCGCACCCGCAGCAGCCGCAGGAGCGCGACCCCUCGCCCGUGCGCUACGACAACCUCUCCAAAACCAUCAUGGCCUCCAUCCAGGAGCGCAAGGAGCUGGAGGAGCGGGAGAAACUCAUGCACCUGCACGGCCACCGCCAGCCGCCGUCGGCCAGCUACGCCAGCACUGCUGCCGACUCGGGCGUGUUCGACGCCUGCAGCUACGGGCUGCCGCCCAGCGCCUGCUACGCGGACGGGCCCCGGGGCCCCGGCUCGCAGGUGGGGCCCGCCAGCUACGGCGGCUCGCGGGAGAACCUAGUGGGGGGAGUCGGUGGAGGUGGGGGGGUGAUGGGCUACGGGGCACGGACCCCGAUACUGCGCUCGGCGGCCUCCUCUCUGGCGCGUGCCCCCAGGACUUCCUCCAGCUCGCUGCACACAGACGGCCGGACGGCCGAGCCGGCCUCCUACCGCUCGCCCGCUCACCAGCCGCACCACUCCCCCGCUCCCAUCCCCCGCUCCCCCUCCUACUCCCACCAGAAGGUCUCCUUCAUUAGCGCUCUGGAGAGGAGUGACUCGCCACGCAUGGGCUCCCCCAGAGAGGACAUGGCCCAGGUGAAAAUUAAUGGACAACCUAUGGGUCAAAUGAGAGACUGCCACCUAGGGACAACCUCCGGUACCCCGGGCACCCCUCUCAGCCCCGCCCGACACACCAGUGUGAAAAAGGUGUCGGGGGUGGGGGGCACCACCUACGAGAUAUCGGUUUGAGAAUGACGGUCUCUCUCCCAACUACCCAGCCCAACGCCACCCACAGGAGGUAGCACUGCCAAGGCAAACACCACCACCACUACGCGUGCUAGAAGAGACAUGGGUCGCGGCCUUUCCUUUUUUAACCUCAUCCGAACACUGUAUAUUGACCUAUCAGAGGCUGGCAAAACCGUUACCAAUAACAAAACGACUGCCAAAGUAGACAUCCUCUGACCUCUGUGGUUUGGCCCAGUGCAUGUGUAUGUGUGUGUGUGUAAGUGUGUGGGCACAAGUCUCAAUGGUGGAAAACGUCAAUAGCUGUGCUCCCUGGCUUAUGUUGUGGUCUUACAUGCCCUCAGCAAAAAAGAAAAAAAAAAAAAGAAAAAAGAAUAUGAUGAAGGCACUUCUGUGUUGUUGAGAAGUUGCUUAAGUAGCGCAUUAUACGCUUAACGCUGGGUGGGCAGAGAACAGCAACGAGGCUAGUUGUAGCCUCUUCUCUUUAAAGGCUAGUACUCUGUGUCUAUUUUCUCUGUCCAUUCUCAGGUAAUGUUAUAUUACCAUGAUGGAGAAAAAUAAGGUGCUCACAGUGCCCAUUUGAGUCCAUUUGUUUUCUUUUUUGUACAUCCCCCAUUCAAAUGUAUAUGGUAAUGUUAAAGACUUUAAAUGCAUUUCUUCUUGCUAACAUAUUUGUUGCUUCUGUUAUUUGUAUUAUUUCCAGUGUUCUAACCAAGUCCUUGAGAAUCUGUUAUGUUGAAGCAUUACCAGUACUCAUGUGCAUUUAAUGCAUAUCCAUAGUUUGUAAGCUAGUCUUUUGAAUGAUUU